GUUUGCCUAGAAAACAACUGUAUCCGAUUGUUAAAUGGAGCUGACGCAGGUUUGUUUGUGGUUGUAUCCCAAAUGCCUGCGUUCUCGCUUCCUAGGCGGACUGCGUAGGCUGCGACGUAAUGACGUACACGCUGUGCUUAGUGCACUCGGUGUUGUAGUGGGUGUUGGUUUGGGACGCGGGCUUAAUGUGGUCUCCUGCAGCUUGUGUAUACAUAACAAACCCGUCCGUUCCAGGGAAACAUAAGCGACGUUGCAGAUUAUAAGCACUAAAUUAGCUUCUAAAGUGAAAUAACAGGUUUAUUUUUUAUUUUAUGUGGAUGUUUAACCUGAACUAUAAUCUCAGAGCAUCAUUUUGAAGAAGGGUUUUGUAAAUUGAACUAUUUUUGCUUGCACCUCGUUUUGAAGUCAUGGCAGCUGAUUGUGAGGCAUGGCUCAACGCCAAUCCCGUCGAAGCGGAAGAUCUGAGCGACUCGUAUCAGUCGGACAGUGAGGCGAAAGGCCUCGGUUCCAGAGCCAACGACGAGAUCAACGGAAACUGGGUUCCCGCGCCGGUGGGAACCGUGCACGAGGCCCGGCUCAAGGCCAAGGCCAAGCGGCGCCUCCGCAAGAACUCGUCCCGAGACUCGGGCCGGGGAGACUCGCUGAGCGAGAACGGAGACGCCUCCCGCUCCACCGCGCCCCCCGCCAGCCCCAAAGGCAAAGUGCUGGACCGCCGAUCACGCCUGGGAAAAGGGCGGGGCCUGCCAAAGAAAGGUGGCGCUGGUGGUAAGGGGGUGUGGGGAACGCCGGGAGAGGUGUACGAUGAGGAAGAAGUUGACGUCCGAGACCCCAAUUACGACGAAGAUCAGGAGAACUGUGUGUACGAGACGGUGGUGCUGCCGCUGGACGAAGACGACUUCACUCGCACCGUCACGCCCAUCGUCCAGGAGUACUUUGAGCACGGAGACGCCAACGAAGUAGCGGAGUUACUAGGCGAGUUAAAUCUGGGCUCCAUGCGCAGUGACGUCCCGCUCCUGGCCGUAUCGCUGGCGUUGGAGGCCAAGGCGAGUCAGAGAGAGCUCACGUCCCUCCUGCUGUCGCGUCUGUGUGGCCGAGUCCUCAGCCGCUCCGACAUCGAAGCGUCCUUCCACAAGCUGCUGAAAGAGCUGCCUGACCUGGUGCUGGACACGCCCACAGCGCCACAGCUGGUUGGUCAGUUCAUUGCCAGAGCGGUAGCAGAUCAGAUUCUCUCCGAGAGCUACAUCGAUGGCUAUAAAGGAAGAGUGGACUGCGAGCAUGCCAGGGCUGCUCUGGACCGCGCCGCCGUACUGCUAAAGAUGAGCAAGGAGGCAGGACUUAAGAUCGAUAACCUCUGGGGCUCAGGGGGAGGCCAGAGACCUGUCAAUCAACUCAUCAAAGAGGUGAACCUGCUGCUGAAGGAGUACGUGCUCUCGGGUGACACGGCGGAGGCGGAGCGGUGUUUGAGGGAGCUCGAGGUGCCGCACUUCCAUCAUGAGUUUGUCUACGAGGCGAUAGUCAUGGUUUUGGAAUCCAAAGGAGACACGACACUCCAAAUGAUCCUGAAGCUGCUGAAAUCUCUCUUUGACUCUUCAGUCAUCACUCUGGACCAAAUGAGAAGGGGUUACGAGAGAGUGUACGUGGAUAUUGCUGAUAUUAAUAUCGACGUGCCGUGUGCGUACUCUCUGCUGGAGCACUUUGUGGACAAGAGCUUUAGUGCUGGAGUCAUCGACAAAAAACUCAGAGACCUGUGUCCAUGUCGAGGAAGGAAGAGGUUCGUCAGUGAAGGAGAUGGCGGACUUCUCAAACUGGAAACCUACUGAGUCCACCACUUCCCGUGUCCACCUUGUCUGCUGCGUUUGAGGAAACUAGCGCUACUCGUCUAAAAACUGCAUACGUGUGUGUAUCCUACAGGUUUAGGUGUAUAUAUAAUCUCCUCCUGACAAGAACGUAGAGCUUACGCAAAGGAACAAGGCUAUGGAAUAACCCAAACACACACACGCGCGCACACCUUUGAGGUGACUAGAUAAGCUAAAACCCUGACAAAGUGCCACACUUUGAAAUGACUGAGUCAUUCCAGGUUUUGUAAUUCAGUUCACUGCCACUCAGCAUAUUUAACUGAAUAUCCAGUUAGCUGGAUAACUUGAGCCAGAUGUCAUUUAACCUGUCUUAAUUUAUCCAGCCUGUAUCAUUUGUUUGCUUUGCAAAUUCCACUUUGUGAACUGUCUCUACUCAGUGUUUAUAGAGUCAGUAGGUUUGUGUUUGUGAUACUUUCAUGUUGGUUUGAAGCUUUUUUUUCUUUCUCUCUCUUUUUGUUUUGUUUUGUUUCCCUCUCCAAUCUGCCUGAACUUUUUCACGUGUCUUUGUUUCCCCGCUCGGUCUAACAAAGACUUCGAUACUGGAUGCAAGUGACGACAAAAUGGCAAUACAGAGAAAUGUGAACCAAUCGGGAUUAUUUCACACAAACGUUGUCGAAAAACAUUAUUUUUGUAUUUUCCAAACACUGACGUGGGCAUAUUUACCAAAUGUUCUCGCUCUUUGUUGAAAAUGGUUAAGAAAUAAAUAAAGGUUAAAGUAAUGGUU